AUGAAUGAUUGCAAAAGGUUCGAGGCGAAUAUAUUCAACAACGGCAAAUGCAAGAAUUGCUACAAAUCGAAACAGAAUCAUUCGAGCGAGUCGAUCGUGAAUGCCAAGAUGAAUCGCAAGGUCACCGCUUGCGGUUUUUUAUACGUCGCACCUCCAAAUUUGGACUUUUCUCUACAAUGCCAUUCAGCUAAGCGAUGGCAACGCCGUUGGUUCACACUGUUCGAUUCGGGCGAUCUCACAUAUGCGAUUGAUAACAGUGUGGACACACUGCCGCAGGUCACCAUCGACAUGUCGCUGUGUCAUCGGGUGUGCGAGGCGCACGCCAUCACCGGAAACGCGCACUCAAUCCUAUUGGCAUUCAAUAAGACAAGCGCCGAUCAGCCAUCGAUCAUCUACAUCAAAGCCGAUACAACCGAGGAGAUCCGAUGGUGGCAGAAUGUGCUUAGCAAAUAUGCCACCCAGAACAUCCAAAUUCGACCGCCGAGAAGGGGAAUCGAUGAGUUGCCACCGAGCGAUGAAAUCCUUCAUGGCGACGAUAUUCCGUCUUGCGCAUCCUCGCGAUGUCCUUCGAUUGAACGAUUAGAAGUGGAUCGAAUGAUUGAGGGAAAAGAAUUACGCGGUUCAGUUCGAAGUGUCAAACAGAAGAGCCUACGAGAGGACGCGAAGAAGGAGGCGGAGCCGGAAAGCGCUGUCUCAUCGAGAGCGUCGAGCACCGAAACGGCGAAGAAUUGCGAAGAAUCGCCGAAGCCGGCGGCCGAGUCGCUCACACACAAAUUGAACAUCGAUACGGCGAAUGUGCACACACUGAGGAAGGGAUGGUUGAUGCUCCGGGGGAAGUCGGACAAUGAUUGGUGCAAGCACUGGGUGGUGCUCGCCGGAUUGCAGCUCAAUUUGUACAAAGAUGUUUGGGCCGAAGAUUCAACAGAACCAUUGCUAUCCAUUGAUCUCUCGCAGUGUGAAAACGUGUAUCCAUCGGCUAGUGCAAGAAAUUAUGGAAUUGAGAUUAAGUGUCGACGCACUCGCUACGUUCUCUCGGCCAUGACUCCAGGAAUCCGAGACUCUUGGGUGUCUGCUCUUCAACAGAAUCGCCAUCAUCCAUCGCCGACUUAUACCGAGACAUUCUCGAAUGAUGCAAACAGUUUGGCCGAUAGUUCGGACCUUCUUGGAAUGCCAUUGAAGAAGAAGCACAUCGCCUAUGUUGCUCCAGAAUCGCAUCAUUCGAACUCGAUGAUGGACGAGCAUAGUUCGACGGAACUCGAAGAAGAGGAGACAACAACAAGCCGUCGACGAAGGAGUCGACGCGGAGCCGGAAGGGUUUCGUAUGAUAAUAAGGAUAGUGGACGGAGGACUCGAGGCGAAUCGCUUUCGCCGUCGGUCAGAAGGAGUCCAGUGGCGAGAGUCAAAGAGAGAAAAGAUAUUAGACAGAGACACGCUUCAACUUCAUCGGCGGCUUCUCACGAUAAACCGAUGCCGGAUGAGCAGCAGCGUCAGAAUCGAACACCGUCAAGGCAUAGUCGAGAAGAGACGAGAUUGCGAUCGUUAGAACAACAGGUCGACAACCUCCGAACACAACUCGACAACGCCAGAAGCGAGUCUUCGCGUCGGAAGAAGGAAGCACAGGAGAUCAAAGAGUUGCGCGCUACCUUAAAAUCUUCGGAAGAUGAAUUGCAAAGAUACCGCAAGGAAGUCGAUCUAUUACGUCGACAAAUUAGUCAGAAUACGCAAAAUGUCACUCUUCAACGUGCAAUUCUUUCCACUCUCCGAACUCAACUCUCCGCCCUUUCAUCGCUUCUUCGGUCGAAUGCGUUCGUUGGAACGUCGGAAUUGUUCGAUCAACUCGAUUUGAUUGUCGACACAAUCUCUAUUGAUCUCAAUAUUGAACAAACGGAAGAUGUCCUUAGAAAAACGUCGGAAUUGUUUGAGAACGUCGCCAAUUCGAUCAAUUUGCCAUAUUUAUCCGAUACGUGGACGAUGACGGAGCCUCUGACGGAAGCCGUUGUUGAUCCUGAGAGUUUGGAGGGAGUAAUUUUAGAGCUUAAGAAAUCCCACAAAGCUGAACUGGAAACAAUGCGAUCGCAAUGUGAUCAGCGCGUCGCAAUUUUGAAGGAACGUGCUGAGCGCGAAGAAGGACGCCGCAAAAAGUUGCAAGAGCAGCUUGUGAUGGCGACGACGCGAAGCGACGAAUCGAUUAGUUCCGUGAAAUCGUCGUUCUCACAGAUGCUGAACGAGCAACGUAAAACAUACGAAGAAGAGAUUGAGAAUGUGCGCAAGGAGCACGAGGAGAAGCUGAUGGAAGAAAAACAUGCGACAAGACUCGCACUUGAGGCUGUGAGAAGAGCACAUGAAGAAGAGCUCAAAAAUUUGAUGGAAAAGAGCAAAGGCGAAAGGGAAAUUGGAAGGCAAAGAAAUAAUGCAAACAAUUUCAGCGAGAUGUUCGACGAAAUGCGCGAAGAGCUCGUCAACAUUUGUGCUCUGUACUCGGCAAAAUGUGUUGAAAACGCGCAGCUCGACGAGCAGCUCUCAAAUCUAAUCAACGAGAAGGAGGCGACGGUAGAAGUGUCGAUCGAAAAUGAGAAACUUCGAACGGAAAUCGAGAAGAAGACGAAAGAGAUCGAGAUGUUGAAUCGAAAAAUCAGCAAUAUUGAAAAACUUGGCCAAUCAGUCCUCGAAGCGGAGUCUUCAACACACCGCUCGCGACGAGAAAAGCAGAAGAAAAGAAACCGACGGCAUGAUGUUCGCUUCCAUAGUAAUCCAAUAGAUGUUCCACAGCAUUUAAUAGAAGAUGUCCGUCGCUCGCUGGCCGUUCCAGUUUCAGAACGCCGCAAAUUUUUCGAGCACAUCGCCGAAUACAGUACGCCGUUUUGA